UCCCUCUCACACGUCUUUCCUAACAUCUUCGUCCUAAAACCCUAAUAUUUCUCUUUCAAAUCCACCGUAAUUAUAUCUUUUUUUUGUUUUCUAUUAUUGCGAAGGGAUUUCCAGUUUUAUUUUUGUUUGCUUUGAUUCUUGAUAGGUUAAUUUUAAUAUCGAUUGGAAAUGCCUGGGGUAAUACCAAUAUUACCCCUGCCGGCACCACCGUCCGAUGGAGAUUUAGGUCCCUUACCACCAUCUCAGGUGCCGGAAACUCAAAAUGAAGAGACUCCAUCGAUUGAAGAACAAAAUAAAGCCAGCUCAAUUGCAACCCACACUAGAACUAUAGGAAUUAUUCAUCCGCCUCCUGAUAUUAGGAAUAUUGUUGAUAAAACUGCUCAGUUUGUCGCCAAGAAUGGACUGGAAUUUGAGAAACGAAUCAUAGCAAAUAAUGCUAACAAUGUUAAGUUCAAUUUCUUGACUAGUUCAGAUCCCUACCAUGCUUAUUAUCAACAUAGGUUAUCCGAAUUUCGAGCUCAAAAUCAGAACCAAUCCAACUCCCAACAGCUGCAACCGGAUUUACAGCCUGUUGAUUCUGCUCCAACCGAGCCUGCUACAGCUGCUGCUGCUGAUGGGAAUGAUUCAGCAGCGGCAGUAGCUAAGCCUGAUCCUGCUGCUCUGUUUAGACUGCCAGUGAAGAAGAAUCUUGAACCACCUGAAUCUGCUCAAUAUACUGUUAGACUCCCUGAAGGGAUUACAGGGGAAGAGUUGGAUAUUAUUAAGCUGACGGCACAGUUUGUUGCGCGAAAUGGGAAAUCGUUCUUGACUGGAUUGACUAGUAGGGAGAUUAAUAAUCCCCAAUUCAACUUUUUAAGGCCGACUCAUAGUAUGUUUACCUUUUUUACUGAACUUGCUGAUGCAUAUUCCAAGGUGUUGAUGCCACCUAAGGGUUUAACAGAGAAGUUGAGUAAGAGUGUUGCCGAUAUGACAACUGUGCUAGAGAGGUGCUUGCAUAGGUUGGAAUGGGAACGCUCACAGGAGAAAGCUAGACAGAAAGCAGAGGACGAGAUUGAACAGGAGAGAAUGCAAAUGGCAAUGAUUGAUUGGCAUGAUUUUGUUGUGGUUGAGACUAUAGACUUUGCAGAUGAUGAGGAUGAGGACUUGCCUCCUCCAAUGACAAUUGAGGAGGUCAUAAGGAGGAGCAAGGUAUCUACUAUGGAAGAAGAUGAAACCGUCGAGCCUGGAAAGGAGGUUGAAAUGGAAAUGGACGAAGAAGAGGUACAGCUUGUUGAGGAAGGCAUGAGAGUGGCUAGCAUUGAAGAGAAUGAUAGUGAAAAGAAAGAUGUAAGAGCAAAUGAGGAACCUGAACCACCAAUGAGAAUUGUGAAGAACUGGAAGAGGCCUGAGGAGAGAAUCCCUGCUGAAAGGGAUCCCACCAAGUUUGUUGUUUCACCGAUAACUGGUGAACUGCUUCCCAUUAAUGAGAUGUCGGAACACAUGAGAAUUUCCUUAAUUGAUCCCAAGUUCAAGGAGCAGAAAGAGAGGAUGUUUGCCAAGAUUAGGGAGACAACCCUUGCUCAGGAUGAUGAGAUAUCAAGAAACAUUGUUGGACUUGCGCGCACACGUCCCGAUAUCUUUGGUACCACUGAGGAAGAAGUAUCUAAUGCUGUCAAGGCAGAGAUUGAGAAAAUGAAAGAUGAGCAACCAAAACAGGUCAUGUGGGACGGUCAUACUGGAAGCAUUGGACGAACUGCAAAUCAAGCUAUGUCUCAAAAUAUGAUGGGAGAGGAUCAAAAUGAUGCAACUAUCAACAAUGCUCAGAACCUUCCUGGUCCUGCUGCUGCUCCUCCUCGACCUGGUGUUCCAUCAGUUCGACCCCUCCCCCCACCACCUGGGCUAGCUUUAAAUCUCCCUCGUGUUCCUUCAAAUGCUCCCCAAUAUUCUGCAGCUUCGAGUGGCGGGCUUCCUAUGUCAUUACCUCAACCUCGACCCAUGGGUGUUCAAAUGAUGCAAUCUAUUUGUCUGCCACCACCUCCAAUGCAAAUGGCACCUGGCCAACCACACAUGAUGAUGAAUCGACCACCCCAAAUGCCUCCAUCAAUGUCCAUGAAUGCUCCUGUGCCCCCUCCUCCGGGUUCUCAGUUUACCCCUGUGUCAGUUCCUAGACCCUUUGCCCCUCUUACCGUCCCACCACCUGCUAUGCCUAUGAUGCAGCCACCACCACCAUUGCCCCAAGGAAUGCCUCCACCACCCCCACCCACAGAAGCUCCUCCACCACUUCCUGAUGAACCCGAGCCAAAGAAACAAAAGCUUGAUGAUUCGAUGCUUGUUCCCGAAGAUCAGUUCCUUGCUCAACAUCCGGGACCUGCUCGUAUUACUGUAUCGGUUCCAAACCUCGAUGAAGGAAAUCUGAAAGGACAACUUCUCGAGAUCACUGUGCAGGCUUUAUCCGAAACGGUUGGCAGUUUGAAGGAGAAAAUUUCAGGGGAGAUCCAGCUUCCUUCGAACAAACAGAAACUUAGUGGAAAAGCUGGGUUCCUGAAGGACAAUAUGACCCUUGCAUAUUACAACGUUGCAGCAGGAGAAACACUGGCUCUUUCAUUAAGGGAGCGUGGUGGGAGGAAGAGAUAAGAGGUUUCGAACCAGGCUAUUUUAAGGGCCAUGUUGAACCUCUUCGAGAUGUCUCGGAUUAUCGAUACUCUCGGUGUGCCUGGGGUAGAAGAGGGGACGAUUUUAACAUGUAUAGGAAUUUUGAUUUUAGUUGUGUAAUGGUGUUUACUUGGAUUUUACUCAUGUUUUUAUUCAACCUCUUGUUUGGUGAAUGCUGCUGGACAUGCCUUGUAUCCUAUUAUUCCUACUCUCUUCCAAUCUCUUUGAUGGAACUUACCUUUGUUACCAAAAAAAAAGAGAGCAUAAUAAAACCCUAUUUUGUGAUUGAAUCUUUUGAGGGAAAAUAAACAAGGCAAGGCCAUGGGUUGAAUUUAUAUAAUUAUUGUAAAAGUAUUUUUAUAUCUAUAUUUAAAUACAAAAUUAGAUUGAAUUUGCU